UCUCACGUUUGGUUGAAAUGGUAAGCUUGGGAUGGUAUUUUGUGAGUUGGCUUUGGCAGAUUUAUUUAAUUGUUACAUUGUUUACAAUUUUAAGCGAUUGCAGCAAGUCAAUUAAGUUUAUUGGACCUAUGCAGAUUUCUCGCGGUUUGGACUGAGACAGUUGCUACUGUGAUAAAGGGAUAUCUGGAUGGAUACAGGGCUGCCCUGCCACACCUUUCUUCGUCAAGCAAAAGUGUUGAACUUCUCAGCUGGAUACAAUUAUAAGAACAAACGGACCGUACUCUUUGGAAUACUUUUAACCAACAUUUUUAUUUUAAGCCAACUUGAAUGGCAUGGGUUUUGAGGAAACCUAACUCUGGUAUUUUUGAAAGUGUUCACAAGAGUGGUGGAGUUUACUUUUGAGGAGUCUUCUGAAGUCUUUACGGGAACUAAAUCUCAAAAUGGAUCAAGCAAGCGGCGGAGAGGAUCCCAAUAAACCGAAUAAAAAGAAAGAAAAAGAGGAUGAAAGUAAAAACAAAAAACUGAACAUACACAUAAAAACAUUGGCUGACGACAUGCGUGACCGGAUCACCAGUUUCCGGAAGACUGGCAAUAAGAAGGACAAGCCCCUGAUCCAGCACUCCACAGACCCCAUGUCCAUUCAGGUAGAGAUGCCCAUGCCCCAGCCUCUCUUCGACGACCGCUCCAUGAACCUCUCCGAGAAGGAGAUCAACGCCCUCUUUGAGAAGAUGAUGGAGGACAUGAACCUGAAUGAGGAGCGUAAAGCCCCACUGCGUGGGAAGGACCUGAGCACCAAGCGAGAGAUGGUCGUCCAGUACAUCUCCACCACCGCCAAAUCUAUCACUGGGAGCAAAGUCACGGGAGGACUGAGGAACAGCAAGCAUGAGUGUACAUUGUCGUCACAGGAGUAUGUCCACGAGCUGCGUUCCGGCAUCACUGAGGACAAGCUGCUUAUCUGCCUGGAGUCCCUUCGCGUCUCUCUCACCAGUAACCCUGUCAGCUGGGUGAACAACUUUGGCCAUGAAGGACUGGGCCUCCUCUUGGACGCAUUGGACAAGUUGCUGGAUAAGAAACAGCAAGAAAGUAUCGACAAAAGAAACCAGCACAAGCUGAUCCAAUGUCUCAAGGCCUUCAUGAACAAUAAGUAUGGACUACAAAGGAUUCUGGAAGAUGAGCGGAGCUUGCUUCUCCUGGCCAGGGCCAUUGACCCCAAACAGACCAGUAUGAUGACUGAGAUCGUCAAGAUCCUCUCAGCUAUCUGUAUCAUUGGAGAGGAAAACAUCCUGGAUAAGAUUCUGGCUGCCAUGACAAUUGCAGCAGAGAGGAAUAACAAGGAGAGAUUCGCUCCGAUAGUGGAGGGACUGGAGAAUCACGAAGCCCAACAGCUCCAGGUGGCCUGCAUGCAGCUGAUCAACGCCCUGGUCACCUCUCCGGACGAUCUGGACUUCAGGAUACAUCUGCGCAACGAGUUCCUCCGCUGUGGCCUCAAAAAGAUCCUACCGGAGCUGAAAGAGACAGAGGAGCUGGACAUCCAACUGAAGGUGUUCAACGAGAACAAGGAGGAGGACUCCAUUGAGCUCUCCCAUCGCCUCGAUGACAUCCGCGCUGAGAUGGAUGAUAUGGGUGAGGUGUACCAUCUCCUGUCCAACAUGGUGAAAGACACUGGAUCGGAGACCUACUUCCUGUCCAUCCUACAGCACCUCCUGCUCAUCAGGAAUGACUACUACAUCAGGCCCCAGUACUACAAGGUGAUAGAGGAAUGUGUGUCUCAGGUGGUCCUCCAUCGCAGUGGGAUGGACCCAGACUUCGGAUACAGGGAGAGAUUGGAUGUAGACUUCACCCACCUCAUCGAUCAGUGCGUGGAUAAAGCCAAAGUGGAUGAGAGCGAUCUGAAGGCUGCCGAGUUCUCCAAAAAGUUCGAUGAGGAGUUCAGCGCUCGGCAGGAUGCCCAGGCCGAGUCCCAAAAGAAGGAGGAGAAAAUCAAAGAGCUGGAAUGCCAGAUCUUCAACCUAAAGACCCAGUUAACUAGCGAGACAAACAAGCUUAAAGAGGCUCAGAAACUCAUCAGUGAAGCUGUGAGCAAGGUGCAGAUCACGGCCGGACCAGCGGCGGCUGGGACAGGAGUACCACCUUCAUCUCUGCCGGGGGGGUUGGCACCUCCACCCCCUCCCCCGCCUCCGCCCCCACCAGGCGGCUGCCCUCCACCUCCUCCCCCACCUCCGCCUCCUCCUGGCAUGGCCAGCAUGCCCCCUCCACCCCCACCCCCGCCACCUCCAGGAGGAGGGCCACCCCCUCCCCCUGGCUGUGGACCCCCACCUCCCCCGCCCAUCCCCGGGGCGCCGGGCAUCCCUCCGCCUCCUAUGAUGGCCAUGCCUGUCAUCAAGCUGCCUUAUGGACUGGAGGCCAAGAAGACCUAUAAGCCUGAGGCCGUCAUGAAGAGGGUCAACUGGUCCAAGAUAGUACCUCAGGAAAUGGCAGAGAAUUGCUUCUGGAUCAAAGUCAAAGACGAGAAGUUUGAGAACCAAGACCUUUUUGCCCAGCUCUCCCUCAGCUUUUCCUCCAGGACCAAAGUGAAAAAGGAGGUGGAUGAGACAGACGCCAGGAUGACCCAGUUCAAGAAAAAAGCGAAGGAGCUGCGAAUCUUGGACGGCAAGACGGCACAGAAUUUGUCAAUUUUCCUGGGCUCAUUCCGGCUGCCUUAUGAAGAGAUCCGGGACAUUGUGCUGGAGGUGGACGAGGAGAGGCUGAGCGAAUCACUGAUCCAGAACCUGAUAAAGAACCUUCCGGAGCAGACGGAGCUGAGCGCACUGGCGGAACUUAAGAGCGAGUAUGAGGAACUGUGCGAGCCAGAGCAGUUUGGCAUUGUGAUGAGCUCCGUAAAGCUGCUGCGUUCGCGCCUCAACGGCAUCCUCUUCAAGCUGACCUUCGAGGAGCAGGUGAACAACAUCCGACCGGACAUCAUGAACGUGACGUUCGCCUGUGAGGAGGUGAAAAAGAGUGACAGCUUCAGCAAUCUGCUGGAGAUGGUGCUGCUGGUGGGCAACUACAUGAACGCCGGCUCCCGGAACGCCCAGACCUUCGGAUUCAACAUUAGCUUCCUCUGCAAGCUUCGAGACACUAAGUCGUCGGACCAAAACACAACCCUGCUUCACUUCCUGGCCGAAAAGUGUGAAGAGAAGUACCCGGAGAUCCUGAGGUUCCCUGAAGAGCUGGAACACGUGGAGAGUGCUAGCAGAGUUUCUGCCGAGAUCCUGAAAAGCAGUCUGAGCACCAUGGAGCGACACAUCCAGAGGCUCGAAAACGACAUUGAGAAUUUCCCCAAGACAGAUGACAAAAAAGAUAAGUUUGUGGAAAAAUUGUCCGGCUUCUCCAAGCAUUCGCGGGAGCAAUACGAGAAGCUUUCCACCAUGCACAAGAACAUGCAGAAGCUAUAUGAGAGCCUGGGCAGCUACUACGCCUUCGACCCCCACGUCCUCACCGUCGAAGACUUCUUCGGUGACCUGGCCUCCUUCCGCACCCUCUUUGUGGAGGCGGUGAAAGAGAACCACAAGAAGAGGGAGAUGGAGGAGAAGAUCAAGAGAGCCAGACUGGCCAAGGAGAAAGCAGAGCGCGAGAAGCAGGAGCGCCAGCAAAAGAAGAAGCAGCUGAUUGACAUGAACAAAGAGGGAGGAGAGAAUGAGACAGGUGUGAUGGACAGCUUAAUGGAAGCCCUGCAAUCCGGAGCGGCCUUCCGCGACCGCCGAAAACGAACCCCGCGCAACGGUGAUCAAAGUCCAUCCAGUCCUGCCUCUCGGUGGCCAGGUGCUAACCAUGACAACCGCCGUGCGGUCCUGGAAAGGUCUCGAUCACGCCACAACGCAAACCCCCAUGCUCGAUGAUGGCCCGCGCCUACCAGAAGACGUUAGACAAGUGCCAAAGAGGCCUGCAAGGAGAAUCUGAGGACGUGUAGUAGGAGAGAUGGACCCCAGCCGUGUGGCACACACACACACUUAAACACUCACAGAAACAUUAACAAACACACCAACACAUGAACACACACAUACACAAUAUAUACAAAAGUAUGUGGACACCCCUUAAAAUGUGUGCAUUCGGCCAUUUCAGCCACACCCGUUGCUGACAGGUGUAUAUAAUCGAGCAUACAGUCAUGAAGUCUCCAUAGACAAACAUUGGCAGUAGAAUGGCCCAUUCUAAAGAGCUCAGUGACUUUCAACGUGGCACCGUCAUAGGAUGCCACCUUUCCAAGAAGUCAGUUCGUCAAAUGUCUGCCCUGCUAGAGAUGCCCUUGUCAACUGUAAGUGCUGUUAUUGUGAAAUGGAAACGUCUAGGAGCAAGGACAGCUCAGACGCGAAGUGGUAGGCCACACAAGCUCACAGAACAGGACCGCCGAGUGCUGAAGUCCUAACACUCACUACCGACUUUCAAACUGCGUCUGGAAGCAACGUCAGCACAAUAACUGUUCGUUGGGAGCUUCAGGAAAUGGAUUUCCAUGGCCGAGCAGCCGCACGCACAAGCCUAAGAUCACCAUGCGCAAUGCCGAGCGUCGGCUGGAGUGGUGUAAAGCUCGCCACCAUUGGACUCUGGGGCAGUGCCGACUGGAACGCCGACUGCAAGCCAGGCCUAAUUCCCAACAUCAGUGCCCAACCUCACUAAUGCUCUUGUGGCUGAAUGAAAGCAAUUCCCCACAGCAAUGUUCCAAAUUCUAGUGGAAAGCCUUCACAGAAGAGUGGAGGCUGUUAUAGCAGCGAAUGGGGGACCAAACUCCAUGGAAUGAGAUGUUCAACGAGCAGGUGUCCACAUACUUUUGAUCAUAUAGUGUAUAUAUAUAUACAGUUGAAGUCAGAAGUUUACAUACACUUUUUCCCCCAAUCGUUUUUCCACCACUCCACAAAUGUCUUGUUUACAAACUAUAGUUUUGGUAAGUCGGUUGGGACAUCUACUGUGUGCAUCACACAAGUAAUUUUUCCAACGAUUGUUUACAGACAGAUUAUUUCAUUUAUAAUUGUGAGGUUGUUGGUGAAUGUAAAAAUGCGGAGUCAGGCGCAGGACACAGAUUUGAGUAAUAAUCCGAAUUUCCUCAAAAUAUAAGAAAUGUUCCAACAAGGGAAAAAACAAUAUUCCAGAAAACAACAGAACGAACCCACAUGACAAACAAUAACGCACAAAACAGAGAGGGAAGCCAGAGGGUUAACUAAGGAACAUUAAAUAAUAGAAUGGAAACAAGGUGUGUAUGAAUAAGACAAAACAAAACGAAAAAGAAACGUGGAUCGGUGGUGACUAGAAAGCCGGUGACGUCGACCGCCGAACGCCGCCCGAACAAGGAGAGGGACCAACAUUGGCAGAAGUCCUGACAAUAAUUCACUGUAUCACAAUUCCAGUGGGUCAGAAGUUUACAUACACGAAGUUGACCGUGCCUUUAAACAGCAUGGAAAAUUCCAGAAAAUGAUGUCAUGGCUUUAGAAGGCUUCUGAUAGGCUAAUUGACAUCAUUUGAGUCAAUUGGAGUUGUACCUGUGGAUGUAUUUCAAGGCCAACCUUCAAACGCAGUGCUUCUUUGCUUGACAUCAUGGGAAAAUCAAAAUAAAUCGUGGACCUCCCCAAGUCUGGUUCAUCCUUGGGAACAAUUUCCAAAUGCCUGAAGGUACCACUUUCAUCUGUACAAACAAUAGCACGCAAGUAUAAACACCAUGGGACCACACAUCCGUCCUACCGCUCAGGAAGGAGACGCAUUCUGUCUCCUAGAGAUGAACAUACUUUGGUGCGAAAAGUGCAAAUCAAUCCCAGAACAACAAAGGACCUUGUAAAGAUGCAAGAGGAAACAGGUACAAAAGUAUCUAUAUCCACAGUAAAACGAGUCCCAUAUCGACAUAACCUGAAAGGCCGCUCAGCAAGGAAGAAGCCACUGCUCCAAAACCGCCAUAAAAAAAGCCAGACUACGGUUUGCAACUGCACAUGGGGACAAAGAUCGUACUUUGUGGAACAAAAAUAGAAUUGUUUGGCCAUAAUGCCCAUUGUUAUGUUUGGAGGAAAAAGUGGGAUGCUUGCAAGCCGAAGAACACCAUCCCAACCGGGAAGCACGGGGGUGGCAGCAUCAUGUUGUGGGGGUGCUUUGCUGCAGGCGGGACUGGUGCACUUCACAAAAUAGAUGGCAUCAUGAGGUAGGAAAAAUAUGUGGAUAUAUUGAAGCAACAUCUCAAGACAUCAGUCAGGAAGUUAAAGCUUGGUCACAAAUGGGUCUUCCAAAUGGACAAUGACCCCAAGCAUACUUCCAAAGUUGUGGCAAAAUGGCUUAAGGACAACAAAGUCAAAGUAUUGGAGUGGCCAUCACAAAGCCCUGACCUCAAUCCCAUAGAAAAUGUGUGGGCAGAACUGGAAAAGCAUGUACGAGCAAGGAGGCCUACAAACCUCACUCAGUUACACCAGCUCUGUCAGGAGGAAUGAGUCAAAAUCCAACCAACUUAUUGUGGGAAGCUUAUGGAAGGCUACCUGAAACGUUUGACCCAAGUUAAACAAUUUAAAGGCAAUGCUACCAAAUACUAAUUGAGUGUAUGUAAACUUCUGACCCACUGGGAAUGUGAUGAAAGAAAUCAAAGCUGAAAUAAAUCAUUCUCUCUACUAUUAUCCUGACAUUUCACAUUCUUAAAGUAAAGUGGUGAUCCUAACUGACCGAAGACAGAGACAUUUACUAGGAUUAAAUGUCAGGAAUUGUGAAAAACUGAGUUUAAAUGUAUUUGGCUAAGGUGUAUGUAAACUUCUGACUUCAACUGUAUAUUACACACACACACACACACACAUACACACACACACACACACACACACACACACACACACACACACACACACACACACACACACACACACACACACACACACACACACACACUGCCAGGUCCUGAAGAAAAAGAAGACCCCUAGAGAGGCUAUGCUGAACUGAGGAGCUGACAAAACAAGAACAGUACAUUUUCACUCACAGAACAUUCAAUAGUCAUACUGUUGGACUGACCGCCUUACAUAUUUAUUCACUACUUUCUCAUGGCUCUGCCUGUACAUGAGUGUUUAAAGCUUGGGUUGUUUUGAAAAAGCUUUUGUUUCUUUGUUGUUUUUGCUUUUUUUUGACUGGACACGUCAUACAUGGUCUCUCAAAUUGUCAUAUAGGUCCACAGAGCUUGUCCUCUCAUCUCUGGUCAUAUACUUCCGAUUGGAUGCAGUAUUGCUUGAGAAAUGUGAGUAGUGAUGUAGCUAGAGAAUAGUCAGUGAGGACUGCACUAUAUUGUAUGCUUAUCAGCAAGAAGAUUUUACUAACCACAUCCAGCAGAGCUGUCCUUUUCUUUUCUGCUUGUAUUCAACACAUCCAGCAAUUGACUGUGGCCACAGGUGUGAAACCCCUUUUUCUGUCAAAUGUUAUUUUCUCUGACAUGAAACCAGAUCCUAUUAUGAAUAACAUAUCUCACAACAACGACACAGAACUGCACCCUGUAAAUGUGCAUCACUGAUCCUUGACUGAAUUCUCCAUAUGUUGUGGACUGUAUUUAUUGUUUUGUGGUUUUUUUUCUCCCUUAGAUGUCAAAUGCCUUAGGUCUUGAGAGGUUUUGCUCGCUAGCUGUUCACGCAGAAACCUGAAAUAUAUAUGAACAUACAAGCCUCAGCGGAAGGCUGCUUUUACUGAGCGCUCAACCACACAAGCCAGUCGAGCUUCUGAAUUGCUAACUAGCGUUAGCAUGCUGAAGCAUUCGCUUGUCUGCUCCAGUCAGGCUUCUGAAUGGCUUACUAGCAUUAGCAUGCUAAUCCAUUAGCUUGUCAGAGAGGGAAAGACACAUGAAUGGGUUCUCCCCAUUUCUUAAUGUCAGUGCUAAGAGCUUUCCCGAUACUAUCAGUUUUCUUCUAACCGUAGCAUAACCUGCCCAGACUUCACAUUCAUUUGACAAGAUGUCGUACGUAACAAAAUUGCCAUAUAAAAAAAAUCUGCAAAUACAUAAAUGCUAGUUUGAGAAUUCAGUUAGAAAAUAAUUAUCUAAGUAUUUUGCUAACAGUAAGGAGCCAUUUGAGAUUUUUUACCCCUUUCUUUCACACAUAUUUAUUCCCAUAUUCACAAAGAGGGGCGAGAGCACGCUUGUCCCGUCCAUGUCUGAGCAGUAAGCAGAUGCUAGAGAAACGGUCGCUUUCCCCCAAAAGGCAACCGUAGCCAGAGGAAUACAUUGAGGGUUGAUGCAGACAACAUGGUGGCUGUCUCAGUAAGGGAAGCCUCCACACACCCUCCCUUGCCCUACUGCUUAUGGCGCGAGUAACCGCUCGCCACAAUGUGAUGUAAUUACCAUAACACCGCUGGAAAAACUGUUUGCAGCAAAUCAAGCCUUCCCUGUGAUCAGAACAGAAGCUUGGGAGAAAAGCAAUGUUGCCGUUUAAACAGUCUGCCAGCGAGGUGUGGGAUGAGACGGUCUGUUGCACUCCUUGUCUUAGAAGCCUCACUGGUCAAGUUUGAUCAAUUCGAUCUCCAUAACAUUCCAUUCCUCCGGUUCAAGGUGCAUGAGAGUUACCUGGGAGAAGUGUGGCAUAGUCAAGAAAGGCGAUGAGGCAUAUUCUUUUGAGAUUGGGGUGUACAGUUACGGAGAAGCUUCAUCCCAAAUGGCACACCCGGCCCACAUAGUGCGGUAUUUUCAUCUGGAGCCCUAUGGGCCCUGGUCAAAAGUAUUGCACUACGUAGGGAAUCUGGUUCCAUCUGGGAUGCAGCCAGAGAAAGAAGUGAAGGCUAUUUGCCAUAGCUUUGGCUUCAUACAAUGUGUCAUAUACACUAGACAGACCCGUUGUGGAAGAUCCAGCACUGCCAAAGGCAUUGAUUUGCCUUUUCUCAUUAAAAAUCACCCUUUUGUUCUAUUUUACCAUCACACAGUACAUACCUUUUUCUUAACACUCCAUUUCUUGAACUCCCACCCAUACAACACUAUGAACGUUGUGAACCCAUACCCAAGGCGUUUGAUUUGUACCUUUUUCAAAUUCCGUAAGUUACUCCACGUGUGCCUGCGAUUAGAGGAAUGCCCCUAGCUUCAAUGUGUUAGUUUUCUAUUUAAUUUCUUUGAAUAAUUAGACAGACAAAUUGUUGUUUUUAUCAUACUUUAAUCAAAUGUGUUUUUUUGUGCCAAGUUUGUAUUCAAAACAUGAAAAACUGUUACAGAAUGGUGACUGGAUACUCAGUUUUAAUGUUUUGUUUUUUGUAUUUAUCAAAAGGGAUCAAAUAUCUCUCCUAGUCAAGUGAAAUUAUAGUUAAACUUGUACAGAAUAAAAUCUAGAUUUUGAACCUGGUAGCCAACUCUUUAAACAAGUCCAUAGUACACAUUUAAGCAGGUAAACAUUGAUACAUUGAAAAUAUGAAAUUGUGAUGUGAUCACACAUAAUGGAACACAAUUCAUGCAAAUAUCAUCAAAUAACAUCUUUUGGAAUUUAACACAGAAUAUUUUGACUGAAUUUGAUUUUUUUUUAUUCCAGAUGGAUCUCUAAUUCUUGAUUUCCCUGGUACAAUGAAAUCAGAGACUAAAACUACCUUCCCCAUUUGUGAUUGUUGUAUUUUCCCCUGUAGGCUGGUCCCAUAUCUGUUUGUGCUGUAUAGCCAACUGUCGCCUAUGCAGCACAAGCAGAUCUGUGACCAGGCUAUGCUGUAGAGUGAUAAAUGUGUGCUGUGUAUACGCAGAUACUAGUAGCAGUGUUGCAGGUGGCAACAGUACCUGUCAAUGGACUGAACCACCACAGUAGUGUUACAGGGUCCCUCUGAUUGGGCCAAAUCAUUUCAUGCUCACCCUGGGUUUGGCACUAAAGGCAGUAUUCUUACUUGAGAUCUGCUCUAAGGUGACCAUACUAAGGGCAACCCGCUUUACUCAAAAUGUUCACCCAGGUCUCUUAUUGACAUCAAUAAAUGAUUUACAUGAAAGUCUGAUUUGGGCAAGUGGAUCUCAAGUCGGAAUACUGCCCUAACCGACUAACCGAAACCGACCAUAAGAGCGAUGUGUGUCAAUGAGGCGGCAGUUGUAUGUGAAGCUAUUCAGGUGCCAUCAUUUUGUGUAUUCUGAUUACUGGCGACAUUUUGGAGCGACGUUCAAACUGAUUGACGGUGCACUUCAACUUUGAUUUGAAUUUCACGAUUACAUUGCCAUCGCCACAGAAACCAAGUGAACUACUUGCAGAUGUUAUUUUCAGCAAAUAGUUCAUUGCUGCCACAUCUCCUUAUUGUUCCCAAUUUGUUAGUCCUUUAUAAUGUAAUUUGUCAAUGAAACAUUAUGAUAUGAUGAAUAAAGAAAAGAUGAAGUAACAAUGUUGACAUGAUGUAUGCUGCCAUAGCCCUGCCUGCCCUCGGCUUUGUUCACAUUUACUUUUUUUUUUCUUUUCUUAAAAACAAUUUAUAUUUGUAAUAUCUUUGCAUUUACUUGUAUCCAUAAGGAAGACAAAUUGUAAUCGUUAUGCACACUGUUCCUGCGUGAAGUAUGUAAUGGAAUAUCAUACUAAAUAAUAACCACUUUGUUAUAUAAAUUGA